UUUGGCAGUCGUUUGCGCGAUUGCCUGGUUACAGUAACGAAUUGUCUCUGAUACGCGAAGUUUGGCACGGUGCGCAAUCGCAACUGUUGUAGUUUUUUGUUGGUGUGCAGGAGGUGAAGGAUUUACUAAAUCAUCUGGUUUUAUGUUUGUACACGGUUUGAAUAAUUUAUGCCGGUCUCUAUUCUAAAGCCAGUGUGAGCAGCACAGAAACAUCAACUGCUUCAGCGAUAUACUAACACCACACCACUGCUGUUAAUGAACAGCUACAUUUACAUGCAUGCUUAUACUUUUGUAUAAAACUGGCUUACACUGGUCCCAGACGAACCACUCCUCUCUAUCGAAUCAUCUCAUACAAAUAACUAAUUUCAAUCCUAUACAUAACGACGAGAGCAGCAACGCCAAUAGCGGUCAAUAUGGCAGCCGUAGAAGUGAGGAAUGGAUACAAAUACUAUGGCAGCAAAUCAAAUCCGAAGAUUAUUCUUAAUUAUUUGAAUAUGAAUGUAAUGCGCGGCUCAAUAUAUGGCCUUCUUGGAGCUUCAGGUUGCGGCAAAACAACGCUGCUCUCAUGUUUAGUAGGUCAGCGUCAGCUUAAUAGCGGCGAAGCCACAGUUCUAGGUAUGAAGCCCGGGCAGCCAGGCAGCGGUAUUCCGGGUGCCCGCGUCGGCUAUAUGCCACAGGAAAUUGCGCUUGUCGAUGAAAUGACAGUUAAAGAGACAAUAUUCUACUUUGGUCGCAUCUAUGGCUUAAAAGAAGAGCAAAUUCGAGAGAAAUUCAAAACAUUGCGUUCACUGUUGCAGUUACCACCCCCGAAGCAGCUGGUGAAGAAUUGUAGCGGCGGUCAACAGCGAAGAGUCUCUUUCGCAUGCGCUAUGAUACAUGAACCUGAAUUACUUAUACUGGACGAACCGACAGUAGGUUUAGAUCCUAUGCUGCGUGAAAAAAUAUGGGACUUUCUUGUAGAUAGUACCAGGAAUAGCAAAAUGGCUGUGAUCAUUACUACACAUUACAUUGAGGAGGCGAAAAAAGCCAAUUGCAUCGGCUUGAUGCGUAAUGGUGUGUUAUUGGCUGAAGAUACUCCCACAAAUAUAAUGAUUAAAUUUGAAUGCAAUUCUAUUGAGGAUGCAUUUUUAAUAUUGAGUCAGAAACAAGGAGACUCAGACAUAGUUCAGCCCAAUAACGUCAACGCUUCUCAACCGCCGGCAAUUAUGCAUUCCGUGGAAGUAAUUGACGCAAAUUCGCCAGAUCCCAACGAGAUAUGCAAAAAAUUACCAUUCGUGGAUGAAAAUGACAAUAAAACGCAACCAACUCAGCAACUGGGCAACGCACGUGAACCGGAAACAGAAAAUAGAAAACGAAUAUUUUUUACAACGCGCGGUCGAAUAAAAGCUUUGAUGACAAAGAAUUUCGUGCAACUCUUUCGACAGCCUUCCGGAAUUAUUUUCAUGCUCCUUUUCCCAAUAAUUCAACUAUCGUGCUUUUAUUUAGCCAUUGGCAAAACACCAACAAAUCUUAAACUUGGUAUCGUCAGCGAAGAAGUUAACGACUAUGCUACAUGCUUUGAUCGGAAUCUGAUAACAGUUUACAAUCAAAAUGACAGUUGUGAAUUUGAAAAGAUAUCAUGUCGAUAUAUAUCAGAAUUAGGAGACAAUAUUGCUCAAAGGGUAUACUAUAAAACGGAAGAAGAAGCAUUUAGCGCUGCAAAGCGCACAGAAAUCCUGGGCUAUAUUAGGUUUCCUCAUAAUUUCUCAGAAUCAAUGAAAGCUCGAUUAGAUGAUGGCCGAUAUGCUGAUGACGGCACGGUAGAAAAUGCCGAAUUAACUGUACAUAUUGAUAUGACAGAUCAACAAAUUGGCUACUUUAUUGAACGGAAGUUGCGUGAAAUUUUUGGAUCAUUUAUAAAGAGCGUGUUAAUCGAUUGUAAUCUACCAACUGGUUUGGGGAACAUUCCUAUUCAAUUUCAGGAACCUGUUUAUGGUUCGGUAGAUAGUGAAUUUCAGCAAUAUGUGGCGCCUGGUGUCGUUAUGACCAUGGUAUUCUUCUUGGCCACACUAAUGACAGCAGCCGUCUUCAUUUCGGAGCGCAUGGAUGGUGUCUGGGACCGUACGUUAGUAGCUGGAGUAUCUGCUAUGGAAAUGCUGUGGGCUCACUUAUUGACGCAACUCAUUAUAAUGGCAUUCCAAUCGUUUGAAGUGAUAAUGUACAUUGGGCUGGUGUUCGAUACUUACAACAAAGGUGAUACAGCCACACUCAUUGGCUUAUUAACAUUGACAGCCUUCUGUGGUAUGCUUUUCGGUUUGCUCAUAUCGGUCUACUGCAAAUCGCACACAGAAGCAAAUUUUGUGGCCACCGGCGCAUUUUAUCCUAUGAUAAUUCUUUGCGGUCUCCUUUGGCCACUGGAAGGUAUGCCGAAAUCUCUGCAGGAGAUUGUCUUAUUUUUCCCGUUUACAAUUCCAUCUAUAUCAGCGCGAAAUAUUAUUGAGAAAGGCUGGUCCAUUACCAAUGGACAAGUGUACAAUGGAUUCAUAGUAAUGUCAGCAUGGAUUGUUAUAUUCUUUACGCUCUGCAUGGUGGGCCUUAAGCGAAAAGCUUAAGCAAAUUCGGGAUUUUGCGCCAAAGAAGAAUGUUGUAGUAUUACAUUUUGUUUAUGUUUGUUUUACAUUAUCUUAAGCAUACAUUUCGGUUAUGUGAAUAAUAUUUAGUAUACAAAUUCAUAUGUAUGUAUGUAUGUAGUGAUAGGAAAUUUUAAAAGCAGGCAUAAGAUGUACAUAUACAUAUAUUUAAAUUAAAUAAUUUCUAUGCCAGAAAAUCACAAAAAAUUAACUCCCAACUAUAGACCCAUUGUUGGCGACAUUUGCUUGCAAAGGUCCGACUACUUACUUAUUCAUACAUAUUCAUAUGUACGAGCAUGUAUGCAAAUUUAUAUUGUGAUCAUGCAUGCACUCAUUUUUAUCAAGAACAUUACUUUUCUAAUCUUUGAUAGAUUUUGUUUUUAUUUUGCACUAUUCUUCUUCUAGUUAUAAAUAAUGUGGUAGGGAAUCAUGUACGAUAUUUAAUAGAAGUAAUAAUAAAUGUAUAUAUGUAUAUUUAUAUACUUAAGUAACUAUACCAAUGUAUGUAAGGGGCAUAAGUGCGUAAAUAUAAAUUAAAAAUCAAUAUACAAAUGACGUUAAACAAAGCAAUCUACAUUAUUAUAUAUAACUAUCGGACCCAAUAGAUCGUUCUGUCAAAUAGAUUUUGAAUGUGACAGUUUAUAUUUCGACCUUAAGACGUUUUUACUCUGCUGACCCUCACACACCGCCCUAUGAUCAUGGUGACGGUUCUGUUCAGGAGAAUUAAAGGAAAGGGUCAGCUCGGGUGACCUAAAUAUCUUCGCUUCCACGAACUUUGGUCACCCUUUUGGGACCCACUAAAAACCCCGACUGGGAUGUCUGCCAGAGGGCUUCAAACUAAGAGGGGAACUUAAGGUUCAAACCUAAUUGAAAAAUAAUCUAAAGGGAUAGUGGGAACCUAAAGGUGACAAAUAUUUAUAAAGUGGGUGCUUCAAUGACAAAACAUAGACAUAAUUAAUUAUUUAUUAAUAUUAUUAUUAACAUAGGGUUAAUAACCGAUAUAAUAAAGAAUAAUGAAAUAAAACGUAUAUAA